AUGUUGAUAAAUCAAACUACAAUUGAUCCGUCUACUUCUGUUAAUCGAUCAACUGUUUUUGGUUUUUGUUCAUUUAAACGUACUAAGAUUGAGGAUGAAGAUCCCAAAUAUGUGAGUUCAGAUUAUAUUGAGGAUGAAUGCUUAGUUAAGGACAAUAAGGUGUAUGUUGAUGAAGGUAAUAAAUCAGCCGGAUGUGUUAUUAAUGAAAAUGUGAAGAAAAAUUGUUCAGAGAAAGGUGAUGGAUCUGGUGGGAAUGCUAUUAAU